ACAAUCAAAUAGAAGCUCUGGUUCCGAACAACGAAAAGAAAAGGCUUACUAUCAAGGAAAAAGCUCAAUAUUGUACAAAAACUGGAUAUGUGUGGGAUAUUUACUUACAUGCUUUAGACUUAGCUGAAAUAAAAAAUGAUGCUGAUAAGGAGAUUGUAGCAUCCAGUUCCCAUUUUUCGCAAUUUCGUAAAGAGUUAGCAGAAGCUGAAGUUGAUCCUGAGCAAAUCAAUAUAUAUGCCAAAUUACUAAAUAUUACUCAAGCUUCUAACAAAAUUCAGAAGAGAAAACUUGAACAGGGAUUAAUCAGUCGAUCUAAAACGCCUAAACACUUCUCCUUAGAAGAGGGGCUUAGAAGACUUCAAAAUAUUCGUACUACUGAGACCCCCACUCUACAAGAUCUCGCAGAUGUGAUCAUGAUGUUGAGCAUGAGACCUGCCGAAGCAACUACUCUCCGCAUUAUCUAUUAUGAGCCUGACGAAUCAAAUCCUUCGGAAUGGUAUAAUCCCGAUUACUCUUGGUAUUGUACUGGGUAUAUUAAAAAUAAAGGAGAAGCAAAAAACAAUUCUGAACCUAGACCAUUUCUAUCCAUGAAAAAGAAUCCAGAACGUGCAAGAGAAUUGCUUACCUGGAUUCAAAAUGCAAUAGCGAUUAGAAAGUUGUGCGAUCCUGUCUAUAGUAUUAAUGGAAAACAUAGUACAGGUAUAUUUAGUAAAUUUUUAAAGCCAUAUGAUAUUACAGCUAAAAGAUUAAGAAAAAUCGGAGGUAAACAUGCUUCUAGAGUUCAUGAUGGUCAAAAUUCAAUUUCACAACAUCUCGCUUUCCUCAGCAGGAUUGCAAUGAGGCAUAAGAUGGAUCGUCAUAAUUCUGGAAUGUAUUAUGCCGAGGGUGAUACUUCCGAUUCUGAUCUUGACUCAAAUCUAAAACCUGAACCCAAAACUCAAACUUUCACAUCCAAGCCAAUUAAUGAGAAUACUUCUGAAAUUGAGAAUAUCUAUGACUUAUAUGGGAGUAUCUAA